CAGUGUUGCCACUCUUUAGCUUAUUUAAAUAAAGAGUUAAUCCUCUAAACCGCACUGCUAUUGGAACAGACUAUUUAUUUAUCCUAUAAUUUUCACCUUAUUUAGUCUGUGGCCUGGUGGAGUUCGAACCCCGCUAAAGAACGCAAAGCAAGGCGAAUUCACAUGAAUUCAGAUGAAUUCGCCUUGACUUUUGGUCGAAAUACAUAUUUACAUACAUAUGUAUGUAUGGCUUAAAUAAGUACAUAUAUCACUCCACCGUACUGAUCAAGAAAAGAGUCAACAUUUUGGCCACUGUUGCAAAAUCAUACUGGAAUCUAUUUGCAACUGUUGUAAAACUAUCGACAUUUAAACAAGUAUUUUUGAAUUGAUGCAAUGGAACAUAUAGUUGAAUUUGUUACUGCGGAGGAUGACUAUGCAUCAGAGAAUUCUUUCAAAUGGGAUAAUAAAUCUAUAAAUAUUUAUCUGAAUGCAUAUAUUGAGCGAAAGGAGCGCUUCCGGGACCCCAAAGAAAAAAAGAAACUAUUAUGGAGGGAGAUCUUACAAGUUAUGCGCGCUGCUGGGUAUGAAGUGGAAGAUGAAGAUAUACUGGAUCGUAAAAUGCGCAAUCUUAAGAAAACGUAUAAGACGGUACAACUCAAUGCCAGCAAAAGCGGUAAAGGACGGGAAAGCAUUUCGUGGAAAUAUUUUUCAACAAUGGACGAUAUUUUUGCUUGUGAAUGGCCUCAACCAUCACCAGACUCUGAAUCCGAUAUAGCUUCCUUUUCGACAGAGCCUGGGAGAAGUGUAAAGGUUGAGCAAACUAAACGGCGAAUUGGAAUUGCCAAACCCACCAACUCCUUGAGCUUAUUGAGAAGAAAACAGCUAGCAAUAGAAAGAAAGAAACUAAAGGCCUUGGAAGAUAUGCACGAAACAAUGAAAAAGUUUCUUGAUAACCGGAAAAAAUCGCUUAUAGAGGAUGCUAGCGGUGUUUUUGGAGACUAUGUUGCGGCAAAACAUCGACAAUACAGCGGCCCCGUGAAAAGUUAUUUUGAGUUUGAAAUUGCUAAAAUUAUGUUUAAUGCCGAUACAGGAGUCUUUGAUACGUAGAUACUAGUUGAAAUAAAAUAAUAUAUAAGUAAGAAUGAA